AUGUGUUACUUCGAACAGACUCGUUGGAGUUGCGGCUACUGGCGUUGGGGCCACUUCAAGCAGCAGUGCAACAAGGAGUACCGAAUGGGCGAAACAUGCGGGCUCAAGCUGGUCUAUCACACAAUUCCCGAUCCGGACGUCUGCAGAUUAUGCCACGAUAGAGAGAAGAAGGAGCGGCGCCUCAAUAAGAUGAUUGCAGACGUGGAGCGUUGGAAGCAGGAGGGCAAUCGCACUGCCACCAUCGAAAGGACAGAGGGCGAAAUGGCAAUCGUCCAAGAACAAAUCUGCGCAAUGAAUAAGGAACAUGCGCUUAGGCAAUUUUCGCUGGCU